AUGACCAGAGGAGUUUGUGUGACGAACCUGCUCGCGCUGCUCGUUCUUGUGGCUCAGCUGUUUCAGCUUUCUUCAGCUGCAGCCGAGUCUUCAUCGUCUCUAAAGUGCAACGUCACACAACAGUCUGAUGCCACCUUCAGGUACCAGCUGACUGAGCCGCCCCUUUCAUCCAGGUGUACGACCUGCUGGGAGGACCACAACAAAACUGUGAUUGCUCGUAACGCUGACCAUGUUCCAAACCUGGUCCAGACUCUGACCAACCAGUCCAUUGUCCUGAAGUCCUGCCUGGAGCACCUGACCUACAUAAGGGACUGUUCUGGGGUAAGGGAGACCACACAAUGCAAGGUGAACUGCAGCCUUUACUUGGAACAGGAUCUUCCCCCUUGCAUUGUGAACACCUCCUUGAUCUGUCUCUCUAAGACUCAGUGUUUGCACAAUCUGAUAUUUGGACUUGUUAUCUGCGUGAUCGUAGUUGCUGUUGUCAUUGUGGGUCUGGUCAUCUGGUUUGUUAUCUCCAAAUGCUCCAAGCGUAGAAGACUGCCAGUGUCAUACACUCCAGCUGCUAUGACUCAGAUUGGAAAACAAAUAAGACAUAAUAUAAUUUGAUUUGGUAAAACACAACAGUGGCUCAACAAGGAUGAAGUCUGGCUGAUCCUAUGAUGAGUGAUUUAAACAACAAUAGUAUU